UAGUCCAGCCUCCAGUCACGCGUGUACAGAGUCGUGAAGUGGGUGAACACAAACAGACAAAUAGCACAGACCUGUUGCGAAGAAUGUGACAGCAAAUUUCUUGAAUUUUAUUUUAUUUUUUGAGGGACCUCGUCGCCAAACUUCGGCUCAUUUUGUGUCUGUAUUAAAGAAGCCAUGGAGCCGAUAACGAAGUGGACGCCAAAGCAAGUUCUCGAUUGGAUGAAAGGACUAGAUGACAGCCUGCAGCAGUAUGUGAGCAACUUUGAGAGGGAGAAGAUCAGCGGGGAGCAGCUACUAAAGAUCACACAUCAAGACUUGGAGGAGCUCGGAGUCACAAGGAUUGGACAUCAGGAGCUGGUGCUGGAGGCUGUUGAUCUACUAUGUGCUCUGAACUAUGGGGUGGAGACGGAUAACUUGAAGAAUCUGGUUGUGAGGAUGAGAGCUGCCACCAACAGUCUACACAUGGCCACAUCUGACCGCAGGAAAAGCCCUGCAUACGACGGCAGCACCUCACGCAAGCCACCAAAUGACUUCCUUACCUCUGUGGUGGAGCUGAUUGGUGCAGCAAAGAGCCUCCUGGCUUGGCUGGACAGGACACCUCUUACAGGGAUCAGUGACUUCACAGCCACCAAGAACAAGAUCAUUCAGCUGUGCCUGGAGCUCACCACCACAGUUCAACAGGACUGCAGUGUUUAUGAGAUGGAAGAGAAGAUCCUGGAAGUUUCAAAGAUUUUAAACAACAUCUGUGAUCAGACUGUGAGAACCACCUCUGACCCCCUGAUGAGCCAGUCGGCCUGCUUGGAGGAAGUCCAGCUGACAAAUAUCAAACCAGGAGAGGGUCUGGGAAUGUACAUAAAGUCUACAUAUGAUGGGUUACAUGUCAUCACAGGAACCACAGAACAUUCACCUGCAGACCUGACCAGGAAGAUUCAUGCUGGUGAUGAGGUGAUCCAGGUUAACCAGCAGACAGUGGUGGGCUGGCAGUUGAAAAACCUGGUUGUCAAACUAAGGGAGGACCCUAAAGGUGUGGUUCUACUCCUUAAGAAGAGGCCCACGGGAACAACAGGUUUCACCCCUGCCCCACUCAAGAACAUGCGCUGGAAGCCCCCAGUACCACAGAACAAUUCCUCCUUGAUCAGAGCUCAGUCUCCCUGCAGCUCAGCUAAUGGAUCAACCAAAAAGGAGAAACCUGCUAUCCUUGACUUGUACAUCCCCCCUCCUCCUCCAAUGCCAUACACUCCACGAGAGGAAAGAGCAGACUCCUUCUCCAGCAUCAGCAAAAGACCAAAGGGCUCUGAGUCACCCAACUCCUUCCUGGACCAGGAGAGCAGAAGGCGAUGUACCAUCGCAGAUUAUGACAAACUAAGCGUUGGCUGUCCUAUCGAGGCCAACGUGAUUCAACCGAGAAUGAGGGAGCACAAGUCCUCGCGUGGGAAGCCUCGGCCUCUCUCCAUGCCAGUGGACACCUCUGUUGGAAUCAUAGAUCCCUACGCUAAACCCUGGGCACAGGGCAGGAAAGGUGAAGACCUUCUGUACAGAUACCUGAGCAAUGAAAGGAUCCCCACCAUUGCAGAGGAGGUCCCUACAGUGUCACCGCCCUACAGGCCAGCCGGAGAACGUCAGCUGGUCCGAGUGGACCACAUCAGGGGCAGUCGCUACUACUCCAACUCAGACCUCCACAACAGCGCCACCAUCCCUUACCAGGAGGACGCGAGAAAGGCCGCCUUGGCCCCCGUCUCCAAGCGCACAACGGCAGAACGCUCACUACUGGGACCUGACUGGCACUCUAGCAGUGACUUCCUCAACCGGUAUAAUCAACCACAAAUACGAUCCUGGUCCUUCUCUCAAGCUGCUGCCUUCCCCAUAUCUGUGCCCCCUUCUAUGGCUGCCGAUGACUAUAACCCUGUGUCCCUUCGACAUAAAUCCAAAAAGAAGAGUCGGGGAGGCAAUGGUACAAUGAGCAGGAGACGGAUCUCGGUCAAAGAGUUGGGUCAGCCAGACCACCAGGGCUGGCUGUACAGGAAGAAAGAGAGCAAAGGCUUCCUUGGAAUUAAAUGGAAGAAGUACUGGUUUGUGCUGAAGAGGACGGCGCUGUACUGGUACGCCAACCACCUGGCGGAAAAGGCUGAAGGCUACAUUGACCUCACCAACUUCAUGAUUGACAGAGCCAUUGAGUGCAAGAAGAAACAUGCAUUUAAAGCCUGCCACCCACAAGUCAUGAUGUUUUACUUUGCUGCUGAGAGCCACGAGGAGAUGAAUGUGUGGUUGAAUAAGCUCGGGUUAGCCUCCAUUCAGUAUGAGCCAACAGAUCGAAACACUACAGCUGAGUGUUACAGUGAAGCCAGUGACCAUGAAGAAGCUGAAAGCACAGAGAUUCCCCCACCGCCAUACUCUGAACAAACCCUGCGGGACUCCGUGGAUGCAGCUGAUCCGCCUGGUAGCACACAUCAGGGUACCCUUCCUCCCCCGUAUUCCCCUGAAGUCCCCAGUGAAGCCAACGGUUCACUCUCGUCCCCCGUCAGCACCAUGACCUCACAGAGCUCCUCUUCCUCAGUCGCCAAGCACCGGCAGUCCUGGAUGGACCUGGUCUCACAGGUGGCACCUCCCACGGGUGAAACGGCAGUGGUGUGCUCAGUUCAAGUACACUCACAUCAGCCCCCGCAAGAGACAGAUGAGGAGGAGGAUUCUGAGGUGCUGGAGGGGUCGUCUCGGCAGGAAGAAAGUCCUGGUGCGGGGGGCGAGGGUCAGGGGGCUGUUUCAGGAGCUGAAGAAGAAGGGCAUGAGAACAGCUCAGAUGAGAUGGAGAAGUUAUAUAUUCAUCUAAAAGAAGCCAGCCUCUCACCAAUAGGAGAUCGUAAACCUUCGACAAAAAGGGAGUUCAGAGCCUCAUUUAUAAAGCGCUGUAAAAACCAAACUGUCAAUGAUAGACUGCACCUUAUCAGGACUCUCAACAGCACAUUAAAGUCAAAACAAGCAGACCUACAGGCAUUAGAGCAGGUCCUCUCAGAUCCAGAGCUGACCUCAGGCAAGUUCAGAGAAUGGAAGGAGGCCAAUGCACCCUUGGUGAAUGAAAUCUGUGCCAAACAGGACCAGCAGGUGGCAUCAGGGUCCACAAUAGCUGAAGCAACAGACAUUGCAGCUCCAGUGGUUGAGACCAGUUUAUAAAGACUCCUUAAUGUUCUUACUGUGAUCUGGACUCAAAGGACCUCACCAUCACAGACUUUGGACACAAACACACUUGAGACCACUGCAACAAAUCAGUGGUCCUCAAAUGCUAUUCAACAAGUAUUUGGAUCAAUGAAGAGUGUUUCCCUUUGUGAAGAUGUUCAGUUAUAAACAGCAGAUCACAUGAAAAUGUGAAAUGUGUCGUAGUAUUCGUUUUACUGUGUUAGGUGUAAGAUUAGCUACUUUUACACACAGCUGUUUAUGUUGUAAUUCUUUGAGCCUGUGCGUAUGUUGUUUUAUAUUUGAAUGACAGAGUGUGUUGAAAUAAUGGAUCCAUUUUUCUCUACAUGGAAACACUUUUUUUUUACAGUAUGUUUUAACUAUUUGUGUUUUAUCAGUCGUCAACAAUUUUUGUCUCUUUUUGGUCAAUUAUCGGUGCCAUGCACCCUCACUGCCUUGUUACAUUUGCUCACCGUAACUUUUUGAAUGAUUUGUGUGCAUUGUGCUGUUGAGAAAUCAUAUUAUCGUACUUGCCAUUGAGCCUUUUCAGACUGAACAUCCUGUACUAACAGGAUAAAUUUUGGCAACAGCUCAUGAUGUUUUAAGAUUUUAAUAUUUAAGUGUCAAAUCAGUUGCAUUGCUGUGUAAUUUUAACUCGAACUGAACAAUACAACUUUUUUUUAAAGGCUUAAAUGAUCAAUUUUCUUAACCAAACAAUUUAUUUUUUUUAAAUCAAGACUGAUACUUUUAAUACAGAAAGGCUCUGGAGUUUUUAUAAACCUCAAUGACAGAUGAUUGAAUAGUUUACUGCAGAUGUUAAAAAUUAGCCACUAACCAGCUUCUAUUUGGAAUGGUAUAUAAAAUUUAUCAUACAGGUUGUGGUACUUGAUCAAUCAUUCUCAGGAAAAGCUCUUAUGCUCUUUUAGGUAGAGCCUCCUGGGCCGUACAAGCAAAUUAACCCAACUCCUCUGUUUUUUUUUUUUUUGUUUUUUUAAAUGAAUAAACUGGUGAUAACUAGGUUAUUCAGAAAUAGACCCAAGUCAUCAUGUGGCUCCAGAUCAAGGAAAUGUACCCCAAUCAAGGGGGAAUGAAAUACAACAUGGACUUAUUCAUGCCCAACCUAUGGUCUGGGCUCACAAUCACAUAUUUCUUGAUUACAUUUCAUUUGUUAUUCAUAUAAUUAUGAAGUCUUGUAAAUAGUUAUGAAUGUGUGAUGUUAAUUUUCAUUUAUUUCAAGACUAAAUGAGAGACACUUCGCUUGUAUGUGUACAGGGUAAUAAAAUAUUGUA